AAUUGUCAUUUGUCGGUCUUGUCUGUGAUUGUGCUUAUGUGAUUGAUUAAAAAGACACCGCCAAUUGUGCUUUUGCAUUUUUAAAUAUUUUCAGAAAAUAUUUUUUAACCUAGUAUAUUAGAUUUUUGUAACUACUCAAAAUCACAGUUUAUGUAUUUUUAUAACAAACAAAGAAAAAAUCGUACAAUAACCUGACAAAUUAAAAUUACACGAACUAAAACCUAAUAAAUUUACCAUGAGCAAUGUACGGGCACUUAUAGGUCCUUCUAUUCUUAAUUCAGAUUUAUCAAGAUUAUACGAGGAAUCCCAGAAACUACUAGAUAAUGGUGCCGAUUAUUUACAUUUAGAUGUAAUGGACGGUCACUUUGUACCUAAUUUGACUUUUGGCCAUCCAGUAGUUAAAUGUCUGCGAUCUAAAAUUAAAGAUGCCUUUUUUGAAACCCACAUGAUGGUUUCUAAACCAGAACAGUGGAUUGCUCCAAUGGCUGAUGCUGGUGUCAACCAAUACACAUUCCAUAUCGAACCUGUCAAUAAUGUUGAAGACAUAUGUAGAAAAAUCAAAGAACAUGGGAUGAAGGUUGGAUUAGCAAUCAAACCUGGUACACCAGUUGCUGAGGUAGAAAAGUAUGUAAAUAUAUCAGAUAUGAUACUUAUUAUGACUGUAGAACCAGGGUUCGGUGGACAGAAAUUCAUGGAAGACCAGAUGAUAAAAGUAAAGCAUUUGAGAGAACACUAUCCUUUGUUAAACAUUGAAGUUGAUGGUGGAGUUGGUCCAUCUACAAUAAAUUGCUGUGCCAAUGCUGGCGCUAAUAUGAUAGUAUCAGGGACAGCAGUUAUUGGUGCACAAGAUCAAGCCGCUACAAUUAAGUUGUUAAGAGAGACUGUACAAGAAGCCAUUAAAAAACUAUAAUGAAUAUUAAUUUAGUUUACCACACACUUUUAUGCAUAUUGCAUAAAUAAAUGUAAUUGUCUUCCAAAAUAUUCUUUAUAAGGGAAAUGAAUGAAUUAAAAAUUAAAUAUUUUCUUAAAAAUAACUUUUAAUCAAAUUUACUUAAAUCUAUUUGGCUAGAAUUAUUAGUAAUAUCAUCUUUUGACACUGGAAAUGUUGAACUGCAAGGAAUACCAGAUUCAUUGAAAACCAUAGGUUCAUUAUUAGCUUUAAGUUUAGUUCUCAAACCAGAGAGAGCAACAAGUAUAGCUUCUUCUGUUCUGAUUGUUCUUGAUCCUUGAUUUGGUAGUACAUUGACAUAAUGGUUGAAAAGUAAGUGAGCUUCAUCUACUUGCAACUGUUCAUCACUUUCUAGAGCUGCUUCUAUACCAUGUAAACCACCAAAUACCACUAAAGCAUGAUUAUACCUUAAUUCUUUAGAAGGUAGAUCAUCUAUAUUAGUUCCUUUAUCUGAAGUACCAAUAGUAAGGUCAUAU